AUGUCAAUGCCCCAGCGAAAGCGUAAUUGGCACACAAACUUUUCUCCUUCCGAGAUAGGUUUCAUAGCUGAUGAGGUGCGGGCGCGACAGAGUGUAUUGUUUGGCCCGUUUUCAUCCAUUGUGACCAACACGGCCAAAAUACGGGAAUGGGAUGAAAUCGCAACCAAACUAAACGCCUGUUCGUCCGUCCAGAGAUCUGGAGCCCAGAUACGGAAGAAAUGGAACGAUUACAAAUCCCAGGUGAAGAAGAAAGCCAUUGAUGUGCGGCGUGAGAGCUGCAAGACAGGCGGGGGUCCAGCACCAGUUGGUCUGUCUGACCUGGAGCACAAGGUUGUGUCAAUGAUUCCUCAGUGCCAGAUUGAAGGAAUAACUGGUGGAUUAGAGAGUGAAGUGGAGGAAAAAAGGGAAGCUCAGCCAGGCGUGACUGCCAUCCUUGCUAGUGAAAAGGAAAGGACUGGAAUAAUGAAGGCCCUCCUUGAUGUACAAAGAAAAAUCCUGGCUGUCUCGGAACAGCGACUUCAGGUGGAGACUGACAGGCUGGCCAUGGAAAGAGAGAAAUUUGAAUUUAAAAAAAGUUUAAUUAAUCUACCAGAAUACAAAACUGUUUCUCCCGUAAUACAGUUUCUGCAUGAAUUGUAA